AUGACUCGUGCCAAGGAAACCAAGCGAAAUCGACAAGGAAAUCGAGGAGAAAAUGCGAUCUUCUACAUCAUAUUCGUCUCCCUCAAUCUCUUCGUGCAGUGGUGGGGGACUGCCAUGAGAGUGAUGGUGGCCUUCCAAAGCAUGAUUAUGGAUUGUUUGGAGAAUGGUCUUGAGGAUGCUUCUAUAAAUAAAGAUGUCGAAUUGAAUAUGAUUCCCCAAAUUGGAAUGGAGCUUAAUACAGUUGAUGAUACAUGGGAGUUGUGGUUCAUGUAUGGACAAAAAAUGGGGUUUGGUGUUUGUAAGGAUUAUGUUAAUAGGAGAGCAAAAGAUAAGGUAGCUACAAGUGCUGCAUUUGAAUGUUGUAAAGAGGGUCAACGGGAAAAUGAUAAGCGGAAUGUAUGUGAUGUGCAUCGAUGGGAAACAAGGAUUGAUUGCAAAGUAAAGCAAACUUCUAAAUCUGAUGCUUUAGCAAUUGAAUUGGCACGUGAUUCUGGUCUCACCCCGAAGGCGACUCAUGAGUUAAUGUGUGUGGAAGCAGGAGGUAGGAUCAAUCUUGGGUACAUAAUGGAAGAUCAAACUACUUACCUGAGGUCUAAGAGAAAGCGAGACAUGAUUUUAGGUGAUCUUGGCUGCAUUUUAUACUACUUUGAUGAUCGAAAGAAGAAAGAUUCAACAUUUUAUUAUUCUCAGCAACUUGAUUGUGAUGAUUUGGUUACUAAUAUCUUUUGGGCUGAUGCGAGAAUGAUUGUUGAUUAUGUAGCAUUUGGUGAUGUUAUAACAUUUGACACCACGUAUGGAACAAAUAAGGAGUUGAGGCCUUUAGGUGUUUUCACCGGUUUCAACCAUCAUAGAGAGAUGGUAAUAUUUGGAGCUGCAUUAUUGUAUGAUGAAACAAUAGAGUCAUUUGUGUGGCUUUUUAAUACUUUUCUAGAUGCGCAUGGUGGUAAAAAACCUAGAACGAUUUUUACGGAUCAAGAUGCCGCUAUGGCAAAUGCAUUGAAUGUGGUUAUGAAGGAAACAUAUCAUGGCUUGUGCACAUGGCAUAUGAUGCAAAAUGGCAUCAAACAUUUGGGUUGUAGAAUGAAGGAAGAAUCUAAUUUCUUUAUUGACUUCAAGAAGUGCAUGUUUGAAUAUAUUGAUGAGCCAAAAUUUGAAGAACAGUGGCAAAAAAUGCUUGAAGUGCAUAACUUGAAAGGGAAUGAUUGGCUGAGUCGCAUAUAUAACUUAAAGGAAAAGUGGGCAAAAUGCUUCAUGAAACAUGCCUUUACUUUGGGAAUUAGAAGUACACAACUAAGUGAAUGCUUGAAUAAAGACCUGAAAAAUUAUUUGAAGUGUAAUUUGAAUAUCAGUGAGUUCUUUAAACAAUUUGAUAGAGUGGUGGAGGAAAAGCGGCACAAGGAGUUGAAAUAUGAAUUUUUUGCUAGGCAAAGGGUGCCCCCAUUGGGAUUAAGUGGAUCUCUUUUAUUGCGGCAUGCAUCACAAAGGUACACACCUUCAAUUUUUAAUCUUUUUAAGACUGAAUUUAAUCUUGCAUUGAUGGCUAUAAUAAAGCCAAUAGAAAAUGGUGAAAGCACAGAUGAAUAUAUUGAUUUUAUUCAUGGUUCUGAGAAGAUGUUUAAAGUUGUUUGUGGAUCAACCAAUGACUCUAUGACAUGUAGUUGUAUGAAAUUUGACUCUCAAGGGAUUUUGUGCUGUCAUAUUUUGAAAGUAUUCAUUAGGCUUGACAUAACAAAAAUUCCAGAAAGAUUUAUCUUGAGUAGAUGGACAACAGGAGUUAAAAGUUCAAGUAUUUUGAAUGAAUGCAAGCCAACUAUCAAAGAAGAUAGUAAACAAUGGGCUCGAAGGCUUCAAUCUAAACUUUUACGGUUGACAUAUCAAGUUGCUGAGAACAAUGAUCUUCGAGAGGAAAUGGAGGCAAUGAUUGAAGAAUUUGGUAAGAAAAUAUAUAAUUUUGAAGUGAAAUAUGAGAGUGAAGCUAAACACGAACGCAUCAAACAAUUUGGCCGUUUGAUAGGAAAUAUGAAGGGACUUAAGAAGCGAGAAGGACAAAGACGAACUAGAAGAUUGAAACCACCAUACGAGAAGCGUCAAGGAAAGGGUAAAAAAUCUUCUUCAAGUAAUUUGGCUACAAGCGAAUUGGUAACAACUUCACAACCAAAUGAGUUCUCUCAAGCUUCUCAGGUGUCAUUUUUUUAUCUCAAUAUUGAACCUGGACAAGAGUUUCUAUCACUCCUUGCAUCUACACUACACCUCCCCCUUUUUAUCAAUAUUGAUUUGUUUCUUGUAGGAGUAGCAAUGCAAAUUCAAAGUGGCAUUCAUGUGGAAGUGUGUAAAAUAUAUGAUAAGUUGACAAACUACUCUAUUUGGACUGCCGUGCUAACUGCAUUGGAAUAUUUGCUUGAAUUCGAACCUGGGCAUACUUGUGCUGGCAAUCCAUGUCUUGAGAAUUUUGUGCUGAAAAAGUGA